AUGGCUCAUUAUGACGUCCCGUCUUUCUUUUAUCUCCCCUUCUCUCUCUCUCUCUCUCUCUAUCUAUCUAUCUAUCUAUCUAUCUAUCUAUCUAUCUAUCUUUCAUGCCCUUAUUUGGACGGCAAAACUAAGUAUUCUCCUUCUCUCUCUUUACUUAAAAUAUUUACUGAAAGCACAACUGGCAAAAUAUCCUCUCUCUCUCCACCCCCUUCCCAAAUAAGACACAACUGUAAAAAGAUAUUCUCUCUUUCUCGCUCUAUCUGCUCUCCCCCCUUUGCCUCCCUCUGUGAAACUGAACACCCUCCUUCCUUCUCUCUCUUUCCUUCUCUCUAUCUUCCCUUUUUCUUUCCCUCUCUCUACCUUCCCACUCUCUGUAUUCCAGAUAUUCACUCAAAACUGAAAAUCUUCCUGCUCUCUUUCUAUCUUCCCAUCUUUCUCUCUGUGUUCUCAAACAUUCACUCAGAACUGAACACCCUCUUUCCCUCUCUCUCUUCUAUCUAUCUCUCCUCUUUCUUUCUCUCUCUCUCUCUCUCUCCCUUCCCACUCUUUGUAUUCCAAACUACCUCCCCAUCUUUCUGUGUUCUCAAACAUUCACUCAGAACUGAACACCCUCCUUCCCUCUCUCUUUUCUCUCUAUCUCCCCUCUUUCUUUCUCUCUCUCUCUCCCAUCCCACUCUCUCUGAUCGCCUUUUCUUUGUGAGGGAGGACGUGAACGGAGGUGAUCUUUUGUUUCAAAUCCAGCGUGCCCGCAAAUUCGAUGAACCCCGAACUCGGUUCUACGCUGCAGAAGUCACGUUGGCUCUUAUGUUUCUCCACAGACAUGGCAUCAUUUACAGCGUUUUUCCUUCAUGGGUUUUCUUCAGUAGUUGCUUUAUCACCGGUCGCCUCGCCUUGCGUCCAAAAGCCAGAAGCCUUCGCCUGAACGUUGAGGAGAUGAAAUUUAACCCUUUCAUUAGUAAAUAUCUUUCUAUGGCGUCAGUUGUCUUCCUAGGAUCUUUCACCCUCUCCGUGGUGACGUAUACGUUGUCUCUUAGCGUUCCUUUCCCUCCUCCCACUCCUCAUUCUUCUUCUUCUUCUUCUUCUUCUUCUUCUUCGCAUUAUAUCCAUCCUCUUCUCUCUCCUGCCUCUUUUCCUCUUCUCAUCCAUUGA